AUGUAUGUGCUAGCCAUCCUAACAAUAGCCAUAUUAUUUCCAAAGGUUGAAGGAUCUCCCGUUUAUGACUUGUUCAAGAGAUGGUCUACUUUCAGUGCUUCGAGUACUCAAGUUGUGAAUGCCACAACAUAUUACUUUCCCCAAUUAGAUACUGGCGAACUGUUCCCCAUGGCCGCAUGUAAAGGACUAACAUUGCAAGACGCUACAAUUGACCAGCUGCAGAGUUACUUUUCGUCAGGAAAUCUCACGUCCGAAGACGUGGUCAACUGUUAUCUAGAUAGGUUUUUCCAAAUAAACUCCUACGUCAAUGGCAUUUUGCAAAUAAACCCAGAUGUGAUAUCAAUCGCUCGUCAGAUGGACGCUGAAAGAAGCCGAGGAAUAGUUCGGGGUCCUCUACAUGGAAUUCCAUUCCUUGUGAAAGAUAAUUAUGCAACAAAAGAUAGAAUGGACACGACGGCGGGCUCCUGGGUGUUACUGGGCUCUGUGGUACCCCGAGAUGCCUAUGUUGUAGCAAAAUUGAGAGAAGCCGGCGCCGUUCUUUUCGGCCACGCGACAUUGAGCGAGUGGGCGGACAUGAGGUCAUCCAGCUAUUCAGAGGGAUAUUCAGCUCGUGGGGGUCAAGCUCGGAGCCCUUUCAAUUUGACAGUGAAUCCAGGUGGAAGCUCUUCAGGUAGUGCUGGCUCCGUUGCAGCAAAUAUGAUAACAUUCAGCUUGGGUACUGAGACUGAUGGAAGUAUCAUCGAUCCUGCUAUGCGCAAUGGUGUUGUAGGAUUCAAACCAACAGUGGGAUUGACUUCUAGGGCAGGUGUGAUCCCUGAAUCGGAACAUCAGGACACCACAGGUCCAAUUGCCAGAACGGUAAGAGAUGCAAUAUAUGCUUUCCAAUCCAUGUGGGGUGUCGACGAAAGAGAUGCGUAUACUUUCAACCAAACUGGUAAAGUUCCGGAAGAUGGCGAUUACUUAAAGUUUUUAAGUGACCAAACGGCUCUAAAAGGUGCGCGAUUUGGUCUACCAUGGUCGAAGCUGUGGUCGAAAGCUAAACCUGACGAGAUUCCAAGACUCUUAGAAGUUAUUAAAUUGAUCGAAAAUGCAGGCGCGGUUGUUUAUAACAACACGGAUUUCGAAAACCAGGAUGUAAUAUCGAGCGACGGGUGGAAUUGGGACCUCGGUCCUGUAAAUCAAAGUGAGUUCACCAUUGUGAAGGUUGAUUUUUAUAAUAACAUCAAGUCUUACUUGAGUGAACUUGAAAACACUGACAUCAGAAGUCUGGAAGAUAUCGUGGCCUACAACUAUCAGUUCAGUGGAACGGAAGGUGGUUAUCCAGGUCAGCACCCAGCUUUCAGUUCCGGACAGGAUUCCUUUCUAGACUCUUUAGCAUGGGCAGGAGCCAAAAAUGAAACUUACUGGCAGGCUGUCGAAUUUGUUCGUAAAACAUCUCAAGAUGAAGGCAUUGACUCUGCUCUGAACUACACGGACAGCGAAACAGGCGAAAAUUUCAAACUGGAUGGGCUUUUAGUACCCAGCGGCAAUUCUAUAACUUACCAACAAGCUGCGAAAGCUGGAUAUCCUAUGAUUACGCUACCAGUAGGUGUCAAACAGUCGAAUGGGCGGCCAUUUGGCCUAGGAAUAAUACAAUCAGCCUGGCAAGAGCCUAAGCUGAUAAGGUAUGGCUCGGCUAUUGAGGAUUUGUUAGAAUACAAAUGUAAGCCUCAAUUUUACGAUUAUUUGGCUAAGAAUGUCCCCGUUGAUUAA